AUGCCUCUCGCCAGCCGUAAUGGCAACCAGAACAGCCAGAUGGGCUCUGGACUCCCGAUUGUCGCCCCCGUGUUGGAACAUUUAUGCCUCUUCACUCACGAUCUGAAAAGAAAACAAAAAAGAUGGCAGGAUGGUCGCCUCAAGUUUCAUACGUUCAACAAGCGUAUUAUGGUCUACGAUGAAAGAGGAAAUUUCAUUGGCGAUAUGCACUGGCGGGAAGACUUCGACUUCGGGGAAGGCGAAGAAUUCAACUUGGAGCGCGGAGCCGUCAUAGUCCAAGUCGCCGAGUGUAUCGGUAGCAAGGACCAAGAUUUGACUGAGCUCCUCGACAAGAGAGCCAAGGAGGUUGAACAGCGACAUGCUCGCUCUGCUGCCAACACUGCAAACCAGCCCCAUCCACCCAUACCGCCUUCAGUCCAGCAUCCCCAAGCCCAAUAUCGGCAACGCCAUCUGUCUGACGUCUUCACCACUCCUCGUGGGCCACAUGGAAGGGCUGUGAUCCCAAAAACAUCGCCAUAUGAAGAUCUGAAAGCAGCUCAGCAAUCUUCGAGUCCUCAGGAAGACGCUCAAAGGCCCACCAAGAGGAGGAAGAGAGAGGCAUCGCCGCCCAGCAAGUCAGGCUACGCCCAAAAUCUGUUUGGAGCAACCCUCAAUCUAUCAUCUUGGUCAGCCAGCGCCCCA